AGCCUUCUUCACUCUUCAAACUUUCACCAAACUCUGAGCCCCCGCCUCCCCGAAACCAAAACACAACAAGCUCUGGAGGAGCGGCGAGCGGCGCGGCGGGGCGGGCGGACUCGCGGCGGCUCCGAGCCUCGGGAGGCUGAUGCAACUUUCCCUUUAAGAAAGCCACCUGGGCGCACGGCGGUGCGGACCCGGCACGCCAGGGCCGGGGGCUGCAGCAUGCUCUUGAGGUCCGUUGUCUGAAAGGCACUGGAAGCAGAGCCUGUGAGUGUGAUCCAGGUCUCCAGAGCCCCCCACCCACUGCCACCAUGGUAGGAAAAGGUGCCAAAGGGAUGUUGAAUGGUGCUGUGCCCAGCGAGGCCACCAAGAGGGACCAGAACCUCACACGGGGCAACUGGGGCAACCAGAUCGAGUUUGUACUGACGAGCGUGGGCUAUGCCGUGGGCCUGGGCAAUGUCUGGCGCUUCCCAUACCUCUGCUAUCGCAACGGGGGAGGCGCCUUCAUGUUCCCCUACUUCAUCAUGCUGAUAUUCUGUGGGAUCCCCCUCUUCUUCAUGGAGCUCUCCUUUGGCCAGUUCGCAAGCCAGGGCUGCCUGGGAGUCUGGAGGAUCAGCCCCAUGUUUAAAGGCGUGGGCUAUGGCAUGAUGGUGGUAUCCACAUAUAUCGGCAUCUACUACAACGUGGUUAUCUGCAUCGCCUUCUACUACUUCUUCUCAUCCAUGACACAUGUGCUGCCCUGGGCCUACUGCAAUAACCCUUGGAACACGCCCGACUGUGCUGGUGUUCUGGAUGCCUCCAACUUCACCAAUGGCUCCCGGUCCUCCCUCCUUCCCAGCAAUCUCUCUCACAUGCUCAACCACACCCUGCAGAGGACCAGCCCAAGUGAGGAGUACUGGAGGCUCUACGUGUUGAAGCUGUCAGAUGACAUCGGGAACUUUGGGGAGGUGCGGCUGCCCCUCCUGGGCUGCCUCGGUGUCUCCUGGGUGGUCGUCUUCCUCUGCCUCAUCAGAGGGGUCAAGUCUUCAGGGAAAGUGGUGUACUUCACGGCCACCUUCCCCUAUGUGGUGCUCACUAUCCUGUUCAUCCGCGGAGUGACCCUGGAAGGAGCCUUCACGGGCAUCAUGUACUACCUGACUCCACAGUGGGACAAGAUCCUGGAGGCCAAGGUGUGGGGCGAUGCCGCCUCCCAGAUCUUCUACUCGCUGGGCUGUGCCUGGGGCGGGCUCAUCACUAUGGCUUCCUAUAACAAGUUCCACAACAACUGCUACCGGGACAGUGUCAUCAUCAGCAUCACCAACUGUGCCACCAGUGUCUAUGCAGGCUUUGUCAUCUUCUCCAUCCUCGGCUUCAUGGCCAAUCACCUGGGUGUGGAUGUGUCUCGCGUGGCAGACCACGGCCCUGGCUUGGCCUUUGUGGCUUACCCUGAGGCCCUCACACUGCUGCCCAUCUCUCCGCUGUGGUCCCUGCUUUUCUUCUUCAUGCUCAUCUUGCUGGGGCUGGGCACUCAGUUCUGCCUCUUGGAGACACUGGUCACUGCCAUCGUGGAUGAGGUGGGGAAUGAGUGGAUCCUGCAGAAGAAGACCUAUGUGACAUUGGGUGUGGCUGUGGCUGGCUUCCUGCUGGGCAUCCCCCUUACCAGCCAGGCAGGCAUCUACUGGCUGCUGCUGAUGGACAACUAUGCAGCCAGCUUCUCCCUGGUUGUCAUCUCCUGCAUCAUGUGUGUGUCCAUCAUGUACAUCUACGGGCACCGGAACUACUUCCAAGACAUCCAGAUGAUGCUGGGCUUCCCUCCACCUUUCUUCUUCCAGAUCUGCUGGCGCUUUGUCUCUCCAGCCAUCAUCUUCGUGAGUGCCUUGGGGCCCUCCCUGCCCCCUACUGGCCCUCAGCCAAGUGUCUACUUAGGAACCAGCAGAAAGGGAGCAGGAGUCCAUCGACCUGGCCAGAGCUCUACACCCACAAUUCUGGCUUCUGGUGUCUGA